AUGCGUCAUCUACUUCAAGUCAUCCAUUGGUUGCUUCUGCUGCUCGCUCUGGUGUCACCAAAUAACGUCAUCAAAUGCUAUCAUCCUUACUACCGCAACACUGCUACCAACAAAUGCGAAAAGUUCAAGGCUAUCGCAAGCAAAUUGGGUGACUUGCAGCCCACGAUCCUCGUAAAAGCUCAAUGCGCUGAUGGUUUCGUCUGGCAGAAGGCAGUAAUGUCAUGCGUUUUGCCUUGCUCGAAGAAGGGCUGCAACCAUCGUGUGUUGGACACACUGCCUAAACCCGAAAAGCAAUGCCCUAUUAUGCAUUAUCUGGACUUGCUGACCAAAAAGUGUAUAAAAAUAGUACCACCUCCUACAAUCAUUAGAAAGAAGUUUAUCUAACAUUUUUAAAAUAUUG